AUGAGUUCCGACGAGAUCCGCCGACUUGGCCAAUGUAUAGCACAAUGUCAAAAAGUUAAUGAAUUCUACAACGAGGGUGAGCUUGACAUAAAAUUAGUAAAAUCCAUAGUAGAUGGUCAGCCCAAAUUUGAUGCAGAACAAGAAGAAAAACCAGAAGGCAUUCAAGAAAAUGAACAUUCAUUAGAACAACCUCAAGAAUGCACUGGAGAAGUUGAGCAUACGGAAGUCAACGAGAUGACAUGUUCGCCUAAAGCCUCCUCCGUGCAUGAAAGUUGUGCUGAUGCUCAAGAUGCAGUUGAACAUGUGGAGAAUGAAGAACCUCUUCCAACUGAUUCAUUAGAACAACCUCAAGAAUGCACUGGAGAAGUCGAGCAUACGGAAGUUAACGAGAUGUCAUGUUCGCCUAAGGCCUCCUCCGUGCAUGAAAUUUGUGCCUAUGCUCAGGGUAACAUUGUUAUAUAUCAACUUUGUAGUUGA